UUAAGAAGCCUCGUCAGUGCACGGUGCCAGGACCUGCCAUUGGGCCGGGGAUUUCAGACUCCAUCGACACCAGCACGCUACAGUCUGUGUUAUACCAGUGCGAUACACUCCGCUCGGCCUGAGCCGAGGAAACAACACCAGAAAUCCCAACCAUCCUCUGCACCAGCAAAUCCUUCCAGAAAGGACUACAACUCCCAGGAAUACCCUGCGAGAGCCCAGCUCUCACAACAGAGCAGGCUGGGCGAAUUAAACACAGCAACAAGGGAGACCAGAGCCCCGUCCUUCCCCCCAGCAAAGCCUCUGGAGAUUAUGCUCUAAAUCCAGCAUCUAUUUGCUCUCCAAGCAGGGACCAAUCACCCCCUCCCCAGCUCAGCUGUGUUUCUGUUUGCUGUGCUGCUUCCCCUGUUGCUUUACUGAGCUGAGCACAAGCUGGGGUGUGAGGCUGAGUGUGCAGCCAUGAUGCGAUGCAGUGAGAGCAGAGAGCAAGCAGGCAUGAGGAAUGCUAAGAGAACUGAACCCUGUCAGAGAGUGGUCUGGAGCCUUCGGUAUUUUCCAGUUCUCUGCUGAGAAACCCAGUCUGGCCAGAGGAAGGGGAAGCAAGGAAACGCCUGGAGAGGUUUCUGCUCAGUACCUGAAGAAUCCACGAACAAACAGGAGCAGCAUCAUACAGAAUACAUUGAACUGCAGGGAACAGCUUCAGAAAGACAUGAUGAGGAUGGUUUUUAGGGCUGUGAUAAUGGGCCAAGUGGCAGGACCUGGUGAAAUCUGAAAGCAAAGAGGAACCUAGGAGAGAAAUCCACUCCUGGUGAAAGAAGACCCAGCACACUUGCCGAUAUUAGACUAUGGAGACUAUGUGAUGUGGGGAGAGACUCCCAGAGCAGAAUCUUCCUAAUGCAGCCCCCACUAGACAGAAAUCCUAUGUGUCUGUACAACUCCUAGCACAGUGGGGCCCUGACCAGGUUAAGUAUCAGUGUUAAAUACUAAUACUAGAAAUACCUUUCCUGUACCAUAAGCUGGCGGGGAAGGAAGAUGCUCAAAGCCCCGCAGAGCCCUGACCCAGACGACAGGCCAUACAAGUGCACUGAGUGCGAGAAGUGCUUCCGGCAGAAGAAGAUCCUCAAAGCCCACCAGAGCAUCCACACCGGAGAGAAACCGCACAUGUGCACCGAGUGCGGAAAGAGCUUCCGGCAGAAGAACAACCUCCGGAAGCACCAGUGGAUCCACACCGGCCAGACGCCCCACCAGUGCGCCGAGUGCGGGAAGCGCUUCAGCGAGAAGCAGCGCCUGCGGAAGCACCAGAAGACGCACACGGGGGAGACGCCGUAUGCCUGCACCGAGUGCGGCACGCGCUUCAGCCACAAGCAUAACCUGAAAACCCACCAGCGGGUGCACACCGGUGAGACGCCCUACAAGUGCCCCGAGUGCGAGAAAGGCUUUGGGCAGGAGAAGAUCCUCCGAGAGCACCAGCGAAUCCACACAGGCGAGAGGCCACACAAAUGUGCUCACUGCGGGAAAAGCUUCACCUGGAGCACCAGCCUGAUCAAGCACCAGCAGAUCCACACGGGCGGCAAGCUGCACGCCUGCACCGCGUGCGAGAAGAGCUUCCGGUGGCGGCACAGCCUCCUGCAGCACCAGUCGGUGCACACCGGCGAAAAGCCGCACACCUGCGCCCAGUGCGGCCGCAGCUUUGUGGAGAAGCAGGCGCUGAAGAAGCACGAGAGCAUCCACACGGGGGAGAAACCCUUCACCUGCAGCGAGUGCGGGAAGAGCUUCCGGCAGAAGGGCAACCUGGUGUCGCACGAGCGGAGCCACCUGGAGGAGAAGCCGCACCGAUGCCCCGAGUGCGGGAAGUGCUUCCGGGAGCAGCGCUUCCUGGCCACCCACCAGCGCACCCACACCCAGGAGCGGCCCUACCAGUGCGCCCAGUGCCAGAAGCGCUUCAGUGCCAAGCAGGGGCUCCGCGUCCACCAGCGCCUGCACACCGGGGAGCGGCCCUUCCACUGCCCCCUGUGCGGGAGGAGCUUCACCGAGAGGAAGAACCUCAACAAGCACCAGCGGACGCACAGCGGGGAGACCCCCUACACCUGCGGGGAGUGCGGGAACAGCUACACCCAGAAGUACAGCCUGAAGGUGCACCAGCGAACCCACAGCGGGGAGACCUCCCACACCUGCAGCGAGUGUGGGGAGAGCUUCAAGCAAAGGAACCACCUGGUGAGCCACCAGCGGAGCCACAAAGCCGGGAGCCUCUACAUAUGUGCCGAGUGUGGGGAGAGCUACAGCCAGUGGGCUCAUCUCACCGCCCACGAGAGAAUCCACCCCCGGCAGAGCCAGCCCGCAUGCACUGAAUAUCGGUAACAGAGGCAACGUAUCUCAGAGCAGGCCAAGGAGCCACACGAGAGCCCACAUCCAUACACGA